AUGCCCGACACCGAGUUCCCUCUGGCCAACUUUCUCGGCGCCGCUGUGCGUCUUCUCGAGUACAUUGAGUAUCAGGACUGCAACUACACGCACGAAGAACGCAUCGAGAAUCUCCGCUAUGCUUACGAAAAAGCCGCCCAUCACUUUGCCCAAGAGCGCCAGCAGACGAUGCUUAAUGCGGACCCAAAGAGACUUCAGGCCUCUCUUCAGACGAUUGUGGGCAUGGUCGUCUACAGUUGGGCCAAGGUUUCCAAGGAGCUCAUGGCAGACCUCAGCAUCCAUUACACCUAUACCCUCGUCCUAGACGACAGCCAUAACGACCCUCACACGCAUAUGCUCACCUACUUUGACGACUUGCAGGCUGGGCGUCCGCAGAGCCACCCCUGGUGGGUGCUGGUUAACGAGCACUUUCCCAAUGUCCUUCGACACUUUGGGCCUUUUUGCUCACUCAACCUGAUUCGGAGUACCCUUGACUGCUCCUACGAUUACCCGGAUUUCCUUCGCCGCAUGAACGGUCUCGGUCACUGUGUCGGAGCCUCCCUAUGGCCCAAGGACAAGUUUGACGAGCAGAAGCUCUUCCGCGAGAUCACCUCGGCCGUUGCGCAAAUGGAGAACUGGAUGGUCUGGGUCAAUGACCUGCUCUCCUUUUACAAAGAGUUUGACGAGCCCCGCGACCAGACUAGUCUUGUAAACAACUACGCCGCCAGUUUUGGCAUCAGCCUUGAGGAGGCUCUGGAGAAGCUGAUUCAAGAGACGCUGCUGUCAUCCAAGCAGAUGAUGGCCGUCUUUGUCGACAAGGAUCCGCAGCUGAAGGAAACAAUCACCCUCUUUAUGCACGGCUACGUCACCUGGCACCUGUGUGAUGCACGCUACAGGAUGAGCGAAGUCUACCACAAAGCCAAGACGAUGGAGGGUGAAGAUGCCCGUACCUUUACCAGGUUUCGCGAGCAAGCUGCCGAGGUUGGCGCGGUCGACAGCGCCGAGUGGGUAAAGUUUACCGUACUGGACAUGGUUGAAGCCAAGAAAGCAGCCAAGAAACGCGUCAUUGCUACGCCUCGAGAGAAUAACGGCAGGGUAAAUAUUGAGCUUCAACCCGCUGACGGUAUCGGUAAGAUGGCACUUCUUCGGGUUCGGCGCGCACUCGCCGUGACAGCCAUUAUCGUGGCCCAAGCUCAAGAAGUGAUUGCCAGCAGCGAUCAAAAGCCUUUCGAAAAAGUGAAUGACAUUCCACGACUACCAUUGAAUGAAGACUUUACCAGAUAUGUGCAAGAGUCUUUGGAUGUAUGGCAUGUCCCAGGCAUGUCGGUAGGCGUGGUUGACGGAGACAACGCCUACGCCGAGGGUUAUGGAUACGCAGUGAUACCCGAGGUUCCUGCUACUGCCGACACCCUUUGGUACGGCGCGUCGACAACAAAGUCGCAGGUCGCAGCACUGCUGUCGCACCUCAUCCACUCGGGCAACCAUAGCGCAAGCUUCCCCCAUGGCUGGGAGACGCCAGUGUCGUCCAUAAUCCGCGACGACUUUGUCAUGCAGGACGAGUGGGCGACGGCGCACGUCACGCUCAACGACAUCGUCAGCCAUCGCAGCGGCCUGGGUCGCCACGACUUUGGUCUGCUGCGCGUCCGUGACGGCAAGCGGCUGCUACUGCGAGAUGUGACGCGCAACCUACGAAACCUUGCCAUGACCGCUGAGCCACGUGUCCAGUGGUCCUACUCCAACUACAUGUAUAUUGCGCUCGGCCAUGUCCUCGAAACAGUCACGGGCCAAUGGCUAGGCCACGCGCUACGCGACAUCCUCUGGGCACCGCUAGGGAUGGAUUCCACGUACUUUAAUCUGGUUGACGCACUUCAGGCGCCGCAGCGCCUGGCGGCCGGCUAUGUAUGGGAUGAGGCGACAGGCAACUACACGUCUGUAGACUACAUGAACGUUACAGCUUUCAGUGCCGCUGGCGCAGUCAUCUCAAACGCCAAGGACUACGUGAAAUGGCUUAGAUGUCUGCUUUAUAAUACUGUACCGUUGUCGGAGGAGACACAUCGCGAUAUGCAGAAGCCAAGAAUUGUGCUCGACGAAAAUGGAGGUAUGACAGGAGACAAAAUGGCAACGACGCUCUAUGGACUUGGAUGCUUGCGCACUACGAUCCACGGCAAAACGGUCUUCUUUCAUCCAGGAGGUAUGCACGCCUACGGAACACACCUUGCAUGGCUGCCCGAGAUCAGAUUCGGCGUGGCGACAUUUGGGAACACAGCCAUGACAUCGAACUGGCAGCAGCUUGAUGUCAUCUACCGCUUGAUCGAGGACAAGCUUGGAAUUGCAACUGAUGAAAGGAUCAAUAUUCGAGAAAUAUCAAUGAAAAGCAGAGAUGAAGUCAUGACAAGAGACAAAGCCAUCAAUACCUUGUUCCCAGAUCACCCUGAUCCCCCAUUGCCGUCAACAUUCAACACAGAUCAGCUCGUUGGCAGCUAUUACAACGAGGGCUGGGGCGGCGUCACAUUUACCACGGCCAAUGACGGCCAUGAUAGUGGCAAGACAAUUCUUAUCGGACCUCGACCACAUGCAACUUUGAGACAUACAUUUGUGCUGGAGCACAUAUCAGGCAAUUAUUGGCUUAUGAAAGCAGUCACUGAAGGUGGUAGUCCGUACACGAGUCGCUUCUUCGCUGCUCGUUUUGUCGCGGGAGUCAAUGGCAAACCGAUGGUCAUGGAACUCAAUACUGCGCAAGGGUCUAACAAUCCUGGUGACGGUAUUGUCGUGUUUACAAGGACUGGGUAG